AUGGUCCAAGACUAUCUCAUUAACAUCACACUCUUCAAAAUGCGAGGUAAUGAUCCUUCAUUGCUCAAUGCCCUUCGAUUACCAUUGGCAACGUUGACGUUGCAUGGGUAUGUCACGCAUGGCUGCUGGUUAUUAUUAGAGACCGAAAAGUUACUUUGACGAAACAUCUUACGAAGAUCUCCGCCCAGAAAUAAUUUUAAAAUGGCAAAAGAAUAAAGUUAGAAGCUUGGGCACAUGGCUAUCAAUAGAUCUCGAAGCCACUGUUCUUUUAAACUAA